AUGAGCUGCUCCAUGCUCAAAACCCUGUUCAGAAACCCAAGCACCAUCAAAACCCAAUCCCAAGCCAAACAGCUCCACGCCCAAAUCCUCAAAACCACACCCUCUCCUUCACCUCCCGACCUCUCCUUCCUCCUCUCUCUCUACUCAAACCUCAACCUCCUACGCCACUCCCUCACCCUCUUCAACUCUCUCCCUUUCCCUCCCACCCCCAUUGCCUGGAAGUCCCUCAUUCGCUGCUACGCUUCCCACUGCCUCUUCCACCAUUCCUUGUCUUGUUUUAUAACAAUGAAAGCCAACAAUGUCUCACCUGAUCGACAUGUUUUCCCUUCCGUGCUCAAAUGCAGCGCGUCGAUUGGGGACCUGAGGUUUGGCGAGGCUGUUCAUGCGAAUGUUGUUCGGAGCGGCGUGGAUGUUGAUCUGUAUACAUGUAAUGCGCUUAUGAACAUGUACGCCAAGGUCGAGAGGUUUCAUGCACACCAAGUGUUCGAUGAAAGUCCUCACUCAAGUCAGUCGAGUGUUAAAAAGGUUUUCGACACGAUGCCACGUCGAGAUGUUGUGUCUUGGAACACGGUGAUUGCGGGGGAAGCGCAGAAUGGGAUGUAUGAAGAGGCAUUGGCGAGGGUCCGAGAGAUGGGGAGUGCAGGAUUGAAGCCGGAUGGUUUUACUUUGUCGAGUGUGCUUCCGGUUUUUGCAGAGUAUGUAGAUGUUGUUAAGGGGAAGGAGAUUCAUGCGUAUGUGGUGAGACAUGGAUUUGAUGCGGAUGUGUUUAUUGGGAGUAGCUUGAUUGACAUGUAUGCAAACUGUACUCGUAUGGAGGACUCGCUAAAGGUGUUCGACCUGCUACGCCAGGGUGAUUCCAUUUCAUGGAACUCGAUUAUUGGAGGAUGUGUGCAGAAUGGUAUGUUUGAUCAAGGACUUGUGCUCUUUCGGCGUAUGUUGAGGGCUAAAACUAAGCCAACAGAUGUUUCCUUUUCAAGUAUCAUUCCAGCUUGUGCCCACUUGACAACUCUGCAUUUGGGGCAGCAGCUCCAUGGAUACAUAAUACGGGGUGGGUUUGAGGAUAAUAUCUACGUAGCGAGCUCACUAGUGGACAUGUAUGCCAAAUGCGGUAAUAUUAAGAUGGCGAGGUGGAUUUUUGACAAAAUGGAGCACCAUGAUAUGGUAUCAUGGACAGCCAUGACCAUGGGAUAUGCAUUGCACGGUCACGCCCAUGAUGCGAUUUCCUUAUUUGAGCAGAUGAAAGGGGAGUCAGUAAAGCCUAAUUAUGUUGCUUUCAUGGCUGUAUUGACUGCUUGUAGCCAUGCUGGAUUGGUAGACGAAGCUUGGAAGUAUUAUAAUAGUAUGACCAAAGAAUAUGGGAUCGCUCCAGGUAUAGAGCACUAUGCUGCUGUUGCAGACCUUCUUGGUCGAGCUGGAAGGUUGGACCAAGCUUAUAGCUUUAUCUCUAACAUGCAUAUAGAACCAACAGGAAGUGUAUGGUCAACAUUGUUGGCUGCUUGUAGAGUUCACAAGAACAUUGAAUUGGCUGCAAAGGUUGCUGAAAAAAUAUUUGCUGUUGAUCCCGGGAACAUUGGAGCUUAUGUGCUAUUGUUUAACAUAUAUUCUGCUGCUAAGAAAUGGAGAGAAGCAGCAAAAAUGAGAAUCUUGAUGAGAGAUAAGGGCAUGAAAAAAAAGCCAGCCUGCAGUUGGAUUGAAGUUAAAAACAAGGUUCAUGCUUUUGUAGCAGGAGAUGAAUCCCACCCGUAUUAUGAUGAGAUAACCAAGGCUCUGGAAGUUCUCUUGGAGCAGAUGGAGCGAGAAGGAUAUGCGCCGAACACAAAUGAGGUGCUCCAAGAUGUGGAAGAGGAGCAAAAGAAGUACUUGUUGUGUCACCACAGUGAGAGGCUUGCCAUAGCGUUUGGCAUCAUUAGCACUCCUGCUGGAACAACAAUUCGAGUAACAAAGAACCUCCGGGUGUGUGUGGAUUGCCACACGGCAACAAAACUUAUAUCCAAGAUCGUCGGAAGAGAGAUAAUUGUCAGAGAUAAUAACCGGUUUCACCAUUUCAAGGGUGGAGAGUGUUCAUGUGGAGAUUAUUGGUAAGAGAACCUGAUAUAAAUCCUGUGAUAGUUGGCACAAUUUUGCUGUCGACACUACAUGCCAAUGGCAGCUUUAAGCAAGGAGUCACUGAUCUGGAGCCCGAAGAACAUCCCAAAAAACCCCAAUUUUCUGUGGCGUGUUUUGUCUAACGCUCUGCCUACAAAUUGGAACAUCUUUAGGAGAAAGAUUUUUCCAAAUCAAGUUUGCUCUAUCUGCGGAGAAUACCCGGAAACUAUAGAACAUGCCUGCUUUUGUCCCCCUGGACUUCUGCAGUGUGAU